UGUGGGGCGGACAGCAAUCACAUGCCAGCCUUUGAUACAAAUGCAAUCUUCAUUCAGGGUCACAAACAUAUGCAUGUGUACAGUGUGAAGGUUCUCCAUUGUUCUCUGUAACUUGGUAACCGCAGUGUAGUAAACUCUGAAGUCACAUGUUGGACAGAAGACGCCACAGUCGUCUGUCUUCAGGACAUAAUCGUUUGUUUGAAAAGUCCACCACCAACUGGUCAAUCGAGGAAUUGCUAUGAGAUCUGAGUGCAAAGGCCUUCAUCGAUCCAGCACUCUGGAUGCACACGUAUUACCUGUUGCUGUCAGAAAGGCAGGGGAUGAAGUCAAAACUGAGCCCCGGAGGAGGAAGGCAAUGCGUAACAUCGGUCCAGACCUGGACCAAGAGGCCAAGGCCAGGGGUCAGGCUCAGCUCGACCAGCGCCACCUAGAGGCGUACAGGAACAUGCACCGUCUCCGAGACGCUCUCUGCCGCCGCUACGCUGCCCUGCUCACGGGCAAGGUUCGCUCCCAGAGAGCGCGUCUGCAGCGGAGCGACGAGGCAGCCACAGCGAAGGCACAGAAGGAAACUAAGCAGAAACAAAAGAAGUUGGCCUUCACCAAGCUGCAGCACAAUGACUCAUACCUGAAGGCCCUCCCCAAAACCAGCUACUACCUGAUCUUUGACCUCCAGAAGCAGUUAGCUGAGCGAGGACAUCUGAGGAGCCACCACGACUUGGAGGACUUCUAUCGCUGCAUCAGAUAUAACUGCCCUCCAUCUCAGCUACACAAUAGUCUGGAGGAUGUCAGGAUAAGGAUGCUGGAAAGCAGACCUGCAGCUGAUUUGAUGACUCAACACAAGACUUCAGAGAAGCAUCCCUGCACUGCUGAAGAUAGAAGAGAGGAAGUUCUCUCCAGAUGGAGACAACCUACACAGUUAUUACAGCAAGGGUCUGGUCCUGAGGAGAUCUUUGGUGGCAGCCAGAUGAAGGAUGAAAAUGAGCAAAUGUUUCCCAAGAUUAUCCCAGAGACUCUUGAGACGAGCGGGAAAGCGGAGAUUUACUUGAGACGGCUCCGACGAAUGCAUGACCUGUGUUUGACAAACAUGGCUUUCUCUAAAAGACUGCUGGACAAGGAGACUGACUCUCUGAGCUGGCAGGAGGAGCGAGGCAACCGAGAUUUGCCUCCACGGCAACAGGUCACACCGAAUAAAGUUACCAGAAGGCAGUAUUCAUUUAUGCUUCCCGUCAUUGACUCCACACAACGGAAGACGAGUCAAACCAACCAGCCGCCUCUCUGCUCUCAGAAACGGCCAAGAAGAGUCUGUAAUGCGGGGCCCUCACAUCCCCAGAAGCCCCGCACAAUUACCUCUGCCAGACACCCGUUUUCUGAGACUCUGGGUUGGGACACAGCAGUGUGCUGCCGUAAAACACCUGAUCCUUUAUCCAUUGAAGAUGUGUGUCAACAAAAGCAUGUGAAGUUGUUUUUUCUAUCUUCAGAUAAUUGAUCGUGGGUUCAAGCUAUGGAGAAACUACACAGAAAACACAUCUGAUUGAAGAUAUCACCACAAUCACUUAUGGUCCGCAAUGUAAUCUUAUAACGUGAUGUAACUAACAUACGGGAAAUACACAAUUUGCAUAUUUUGUUUACAUUACAAAUGUGUUGAUUCCAUGUCACACUGCAUGGUUAAUGACUAUUAUACUUUUAUAGUAUCUUUAAAUAACCUUUUCUUACUUUAAGACAAUAUUUGUAUAUGUUCGGCAAUGACUUGAGUCAUAAUUUCUGAAAUAAAAAUGUUACUAUAACAUUU